AUGGCGACCGUAGAUGAGGGAACCGCGCCAAACGCAACUGUCUAUGCCAGGAACUUGUCUGAGCGCAUCAAGAUCCCACAGCUCAUCGAAGCGCUGCGCGAGAUUUUCGAGGAAUACGGCACAAUUGUCGACAUCGUCGCCAAGUCAAGCUUGAAGCGCAAGGGACAGGCUUUCAUCGUCUUCGACAGCGUCCAGUCAGCCGAAAAUGCAAUCGACGAAGUAAACGGGUUCGAGUUGUUCGGCCAGUCCAUGUCUCUGGAUUUCGCCCGGACCAGGAGUGAUGCGACAGUACAACGAGAAGGAACUUCGGAAGAAUUCGAACAGCACAAACGCCACCGCAAGGCAGAGAAGGAGCGCAAACAGGCCCUCGAAGCAGCCGAAGCAGCCAAGAACCUCAAGCGACCAGCACCAGGUGCUCCCGAGCAAGAAGCUGCUGCACAGCGCGCUCCAAAGACGGCGCGUGGAGCAGGCCUCAAGGGAACAUCAGGCGCCGGCGCCGGAGUCGUACCAGACGAAUACCUACCACCCAACAAGAUUCUGUUCAUCAGACAGGUGCCCGAAGACUACGGAGUGGAUGCACUCACAGCCAUCUUCUCGCGCUUUGCGGGCUUCAAGGAGGUCCGUACUGUGCCUGGUCGCAAGGGUAUUGCUUUCGUCGAGUAUGAAGCCGAGGACGGAGCUAUCAGCGCCAAAGAGGCCACAGCAGGCAUGUCGCUGGGUGACAACACCAUCAGAGUCACGUUCCAGCGUCAAUAG